CUCUCUCAAGGUUUCUCUCUGUGUAUUCUGUGUAAUAUAUGUGCCAUACGUGUCACCGCCGGUGCUUGCACUUUGCAGGUGCUUGUCACGCGUUUGUACGUGAAAAAUUUUCCAAUAUUUCGCUCUUGUAAUAUUUUGUGUCAAGAUUGAUAAAUAUGACGGCGUUGACAGUGUUACAUAAAUUUUGGUCAGAAUACACAAAAAAUACACCCAAGAAACUGAAAAUUAUCGAUGCGUACUUAUUGUACGUAUUUCUGACGGGUGUUAUCCAGUUCGUGUAUUGUUGCCUCGUCGGCACUUUUCCCUUCAAUAGUUUUCUCAGUGGUUUCAUAUCCUGUGUAUCCUGCUUCAUUCUCGGAGUUUGUCUCCGAUUGCAAGUUAAUCCACAAAAUAGAAGUCAAUUUCAUGGUAUAAGCCCAGAAAGAGGAUUUGCAGACUUUAUUUUUGCACAUAUUAUUUUACAUAUUGUUAUAAUGAAUUUCAUUGGAUAAGAUGUCCAGCUAUAGUAUACAUAUAUAAUAGAUCAACAGCAUCAUUUUCAAAAAUAA